AUGAGCCGGCAUUGCCUUUGCAGAAGAAGUAUUUUCCACAGCAGGUCGCUGUCGAGAGAGGAGGAGGACGGCCUGACGCGUCCGAGCAGCGCAUCAUAUCAGAGAGCUGCCGCAGUCUAUGCAUCUUUGCCGAAAACACCAGGAGGGACAAGGACACUUGUCCCAGACGCUGAUGGUUUCAUCUUCCGUCCCAGCAUUGAGGCAGAGCCGAAACCAAUGCCCCGCGGACGACCGAGACCGGUCAGUCGUGGCCUCGCUUCGCUUACGGCAUCUGUGGCGAGAUCUCCAAAAGUGUCGCUUCCCACCGCCAGCUCUGCUAGUGCUGACACUACGGUCGAGGAUGUUCCAGCUCCCCGAAUAGCUUGGAGCGAAGGCAUUGAGGAUGUCCCUCCAGAUGCAGCCAGUGAUGACAUGCUAGCGGCAGCUGCUCAGAUCCGACGAGAUUGGCUCGCGAGGCAACUUAUGGAUGACAACGAGGAGUCGGAGGCUCCGCAGGAGGAUGAACAGGACUCGGGUCGAUGGCACCUCAGGACGGAGGAUGGGCGACGAUCCUUGGGUGAACUCGAGGAGAGCUUGGCCAAGGCAAAGCAACGGGCAGAGAGAGGCCGCCGGGAGCUCGCUGGCUACUUGGAGACAUUGCGCAGCAAGACUUUUCAGGCUGACGAGACAGAUGCCAUGAAGGACGAGGAGCUUUUGGUUUCGCUUCCCGUGGAUUUUGAGGAUGUUGUCGAUAUCAACACCUCCCUCACUGCGGAAAGGAGGAAAUCUCGACAUCGGGGGCCAGGAGCAUCCGGAGACAAAGGCGCAACUCCUCCAGGUAACACCAAGGGGCUCAGCGAAGACUUCAAGUUGCCCGCCUUCUUGGAGAAGUACUUCUUCGAGGAGAAGGCGGUGGAGGAGUUGCCAAUCGUGCGCCUGCAGGUGGAGGAGGCCGCAGGGGAGUCUGCUGUAGACAAGAUUGCGAGGCAGAUCGCGCGAUUAGACACGCUCUUGGCGAGAAGAGAGGCCGACGGAAUGGCUCGCCUCAAGGCUUCCAAAGCUGAGGUGGAGGCGACCAAGGACAGAUACGGGUUCUUCAGGGAGAAAUCGGAAGCCGAAAAGAUCGAGUUGCUCCAGCAGCUUAAGGAAAGAGGUUUCCUGCGCAGCAACACUUCCAGAGCCACGUCAGCCGCUUCUUCAGUCCAGCCCAGCAGAGGUAGCUCGCUGGCGCCGUCGGGCGCUGCAACACCAUCCAGUGAGGCAUUACCGGAGCAGGUCAUGAUUGACUGGAGUGUUUGGGAAUCGUCUGCUGAGACGGAUGCUCCCUCUGCGAUUCAGUCCAUAGCCUCUUGCACAUCUGCAUCUCCACGGGAGCGGGUUCGUCAGGACGAGCUUGACACCUCCACGUUUUCACUCACAUCAGAAAUGGCUGAUCUUUCAACUCUCUCCGGGCGAGGCACUGGCAGCACUGGCACUGCUUCCAGAGCUUCCCACAAGUUGGAGCCGGUUCUCGAGGACGUUGCGGACGAUGGAAGACUGUCAGCCUAUGUGGAAGGUGAUCCUCCGGAUCAGGAUGAGGAGCCGGCAGCGCUUGCGAUGCUGACAGAGGACCCUUACAACUUAGAGGCUCUUCAAGCCAUCGAUGACAAGCUUGCGAAGCUGGUCCCGGAGUCAGAGUGGGAGGCUAAAUCGAUUCGGUCUCUACGCACGGGGUCCGAGAUCUCCGCAGCAGGUCAAUCCAAGAUCUCGAAGCCAUCUGUGCGGUCAAGCGCUCUGAGCUCAAGUGUCCUGCCAGGUGAGCCUCUCCUACGAGAGCAGCAUGAAGAUCGGGAAAAUCGUAAAGCGCUGGUGGCCAUCAACGACCGGAUCAGCCAGUUGCAGGAUGAGGGUAGCAGAAGACCUUCCGAGCAGUUGCCGCCAGAGCAGCUUCAGCAGUUGCUGCUCCAGGCAGUAGCCGCACAGCCCGCGCCGGAUGUCGACGACAAAGUUCUGUCUCUCCAGGCCGGCAGCAUGGCCAAGUUGGUCCAUGUGAAGCAGACUGCAGGCGCGCCCGAAGUCGCCGGGCCUCUCUCCAAAGCAAGAGAGAUUUUGGCCAGGCUGGAGCAAAGCAAAGGCGACCUGGACGAUGUGGCAGUCGAG